AUGGGACAACUAAAGUAUAAGGGCUGGAUUUGCGUUCUGAUGGAUUCGGGUAUUGGGCAAGAGAUACUGGAUAAGUCUCAUACCAAUCCCUAUUCUUUACAUUCGGAACAAUUCCUUGUUGGUGCCAUUAUAGCCAAGCUACCUCCUUCGUGGAGAGACUAUAGGAAAAAGAUGCUCCAUAGAAAUGAAGAGAUUUCUUUGGAGGAGAUUCGCCAACACUUAAGAAUUGAGCAGGAAUCUCGUUCUAGAGAUUUUAAUGAUGAGAAGUCCAAUGGAGUGACUUCUAAGGCCAAUGCUGUGGCAAAUCCUCCUAACAAAGGCAAGGGAAAUGGGCAUGAAAUUCAAAUGGACAAUAAGAAAAUGUCCAAGAUUAAAGGAAAAGGAACUAUUGACUGGUUCUUCACAUCCGGCAUGAAGGUUCUUCUCACUAAUCAUUUGUAUGUACUGGAAAUGAGUAAAAAUCGUGUGAGUGGAAAUUUUCUUGGCAAACAAGGAAUCAAGGUUGUGAUUGAUUCCGGCAAGCUCAUUUUAUCUAAAGAAAAUGUUUUGUUGGAAAGGGUUAUGCUUGUGAUGAUCUUAGCACAACUAAAAGGGCUGUCAAAUGAGGAUUAA